GCCCCGCCCCGGGCGUCUACCCCGCGGUCCCGGGCGCGGGCCGCCUCCGCAGCCCCCAGCUCGCGGCUCUGCGCUCCCGUGCGCCCGCCCAUGGCCAAGAAGGUGCUGCCGCUGCUGCUGCCGCCGCUGGUGCUGGCGGCGCUGGGCCUCGCCGGCCUUCUGCUGCUGUACCUGCCCACCCGCGACGUCCGGGAGCCGCCGGCCUUCAAGUACGGCAUCGUCCUGGACGCCGGCUCCUCCCACACGUCCAUGUUUGUGUACAAGUGGCCGGCGGAUAAGGAGAACGACACGGGCAUCGUGAGUGAGCACAGCUCCUGCCACGUUCGAGGUGGAGGAAUCUCCAGCUACGCGGACAACCCGUCCGGGGCUGGCCAGAGCCUGGUCGAAUGCCUUGAGCAGGCGCUCCGAGAUGUGCCCAGAGACAGCCACGUGGGCACGCCCCUCUACCUGGGCGCCACAGCGGGCAUGCGGCUACUCAACCUGCGCAGCCCGGAGGCGGCUGACGCCGUGCUCGCAGCCGUGGAGCGGAAGCUGGCCCAGUACCCCUUCGACUUCCGCGGGGCACGCAUCCUCUCCGGCCAGGACGAGGGGGUGUUUGGCUGGGUGACCGCCAACUACCUCCUGGAGAACUUCAUCAAGUACAGCUGGGUGGGCCGGUGGUUCCGGCCCCGGAAGGGGACGCUGGGGGCCAUGGACCUGGGAGGGGCCUCCACACAGAUCACCUUCGAGACGUCCAGCCCCGUGGAGGACCCAGCCAACGAGGUGCACCUGCAGCUCUACGGCCAGCACUACCGUGUCUACACCCACAGCUUCCUCUGCUACGGCCAGGACGAGGUCCUCCAGAAGCUGCUGGCCAGUGCCCUCCAGACCCACAGGACCCACCCCUGCUGGCCCAGGAAUUACUCCGCCGAAGUACAGCUCCGGGACGUGUACCAGUCGCCGUGCGUCGGACAGCCCCAGGCCCUCAACGGCAGUGACCGGGUGGUCCUGCAGGGCUCCGGCGACCCCGACCUCUGCCGAGCCCUGGUCUCCCAGCUCUUCAACGUCUCCACCUGCGGCUUCUCCCGGUGCUCCUUCGAUGGGGUCUUCCAGCCCCCUCUGGCUGGGAGCUUUAUCGCCUUCUCUGCUUUCUACCACACGGUGGAGUUCCUGAGGACCAAGAUGGGGCUGCCGGUGGCCACGCUGCAGCAGCUGGACGUGGCCGUGGAGACCACCUGCAAGCAGACCUGGGCAGAGCUGCAGGCUCGGGCGCCCGGGCAGCUGGACCGCCUGGCCAACUCCUGCGCGGCAGCCACGUUCGUGCAGCAGCUGCUGAGCCGCGGCUACGGCUUCGACGAGCGCACCUUCGGCGGCCUGACGUUCCAGAAGCAGGCCGCGGACACAGCGGUGGGCUGGGCGCUCGGCUACAUGCUGAACCUGACCAACCUGGUGCCCUCCGACCCGCCGGGACUGCGCAAGGGCCUGCAGCGCGGCGCCUGGCUCGUCGUCCUCCUGCUCUUCGCCGCCUUGCUCCUGGCCGCGCUGGCGCUGGGGCUGCGCCAGGUGCGCUCCGCCAAGGCGCAGCGCGCCAUCUAGCGGCGGCCGGGCGCAAGGCAGCCCGCGGAACCCCGGCCCGCACCCGCAGGGCGCCGCUGCGGCCCCUCCGUGGCCGGGCUGGCCUUAGGCCUGGGGAGGGGCUGGGGCUCCGGAGCCCUGGGAGCCCCCCUUCCG